GCCUUCUCGAAAAUCAAAAUAGACAUCGGACGAAGAAGUCUGUAAUUCCCGCAGCGUCGCCGGGUUCUCUCGCCGGAAAACAAUUCCUGACUUCUGACGUUGACGAAGCGACGGCAUUUUAGAAAUAAACACGAAAAGGGAAACAAAAAUAAACAUCGUUUUGUUCUCUGCCUCUUUCCUCCCUAUUUAAAAAUUUUGAUGGCACAGGCAGUUCCUCUUUACCUCACCCGUCUAUUGGUUCUUCUCUAAAAUACGAAUAUUCAUAUCCAGCGAGAUUCAGGUAUAGGUCGUACGUUCUCUGGAAUUCUGAUUACCGGACAACAAACCCACUGGCUUCCUCAGAAAUUUCGGUUUGAAACUAAGGAAUUUUGUCGGAAAUAAGACCUGUGUUUGAUGAUUCAGCCUUGGUUUUCAUGCCAUUGUUGUGAAUGGUGCGAUGAGCGGGUCGACUGUGCAGAAUUGAUGGAUUUAUUGGUAGAUGCAAUGUACUAUCUGGAAACUAGUGAUCGCUUUUUUGGUUGUUAGAUCUAUUUAUCUGAAAUAACUUUGGAUUUGUUUCCGAUCUUCUGAAGUUGAGAACAUUUUGGUUCUGGAAUUUGGAAUUUUUGCAUUUGUUUGGGGUUCAUUUUGACUAUGAGGUAGUGGAUCAAUGUGCUGUUUUUGAGCAUUUGAUGGAGGUAGCGAUGUCGAAGGUCAUUCACGAAGGGUGGAUGGUGCGAUAUGGCCGGAAGAAGAUUGGCCGUUCCUUCAUCCAUAUGCGGUAUUUCGUUCUUGAACCUCGGCUUCUCGCUUAUUACAAGAAGAAGCCAGAGGAUAAUGUUGUCCCAACAAAAACCAUUCUCAUUGAUGGGAAUUGUAGGGUGGAAGACAGGGGCUUGAAGACACACCAUGGGCAUAUGAUUUAUGUUUUGUCAGUUUACAAUAAGAAGAAGGGCCAGCGGAUUAUGAUGGCAGCAUUUAACAUCCAGGAGGCACUGAUGUGGAAGGAAAAAAUUCAGCAUGUCAUUGAUCAGGUUCUCCAUUCUUCAAGGCAUCAAGAGUCACUGAAUGUUAAUAGUCACAAAUCAACCUUGUUAUUUGAAUAUAAAUCUGGCAUUGAUGAUGGAAGGGCUGUUUCCUCAUCUGACAAUGAAAGUCAGUUCAGUGCACAGGAAGAUGAAGCAGAGAGCCGCCAAACUUUAUUUCAGAGAAGAGCAAUAAGAAAUGGUGCUCCUGAUUCCAUAUUUGAUUGGGCCAGAGAAUUUGGUUCAGAAUUGUCAAAUAAAAAUACCUGUAAUAAAGUUUUCUCUGCAAAGCAUUGGCAUCUUGUCAAAUGCCAGAAUGGACUUCGCAUUUUUGAGGAGUUGCUUGAAGUUGAUUAUCUUCCAAGGAGCUGUGGCAGAGCAAUGAAAGCUGUGGGUGUGGUGGAAGCUACAUGUGAAGAAAUAUUUCAGCUUAUAAUGAGCAUGGAUGGAAGACGGUUUGAGUGGGACUGUAGUUUCCAGUAUGGUAGCUUAGUUGAGGAAGUAGAUGGACACACAGCAGUGAUUUAUCACAGACUGCAGCUAGAUUGGUUCCCAAUGUUUGUCUGGCCCCGUGACCUUUGCUAUGUGCGUUAUUGGCGUCGUAAUGAUGAUGGAAGUUAUGUUGUUCUAUUUCGUUCUAGAGAGCAUGAGAACUGUAGUCCACAGCCAGGAUUUGUUCGGGCCCAUGUUGAGAGUGGAGGAUUCACCAUUUCCCCAUUAAAACCUCAUUGUGGACCUCGAGCAAAAGUGCAGUAUCUUAUGCAAAUUGAUCUCAAAGGGUGGGGAGUUGGUUAUUUUCGAUCAUUUCGGAAACAUUGCCUCCUCAAUAUGCUCAAUAGUGUAGCUGCGGUCUUAACAGGGCUACGUGAAUGGUUUUCUCAAACAGAUGAAAGACAUACAAUUCCAAUGAUCCCAGUCAUGGUAAAUAUGACCUCUGGUCCUCCCUCAGAAAAGGUUCAGAAAAAUCAGGAACCUUCCAUUCUUCGAUCAUUGGAUAAGUUACAUUCUGUUGGGAGAAAUUCUAUGAUGAUAGAUGAAUAUUCUGAUGACGAUGAAGAAUUUCAAAUAGCUGAGUCUGAACAAGAGGCUGGCUCAACUAGGCAAGAGAUUGAACCCAAACAGACAGAAACUGAAGCUGAUAAGGAACCAGCUGAACAAAUUGAUAUGUCCUGUUUUUCUGGCAAUCUACGAAGGAAUGACAAUGAUAAUGGCCGUGACUGUUGGAGAAUACCUGACAGCAACCUCUUCAAAGUCCGGAGCAAGAAUUUUUGUUUCGACAAAACAAAGAUUCCUGCAGGGAAGUAUCUGAUGGAGCUUGUUGCAGUUGAUUGGUUCAAGGACACAAAAAGAAUGGACCAUGUUGUGAGACGUAAAGGCUGUGCAGUGCAAGUUGCUUCAGAAAAGGGAUUUUUCUCACUGGCCAUCAAUCUACAGGUGCCUGGGUCAACUCACUACAGUAUGGUGUUUUAUUUUGUAAUAAAACAAUUGGUGCCUGGAUCUCUCUUGCAACGGUUUGUUGAUGGUGAUGAUGAAUUCCGUAACAGUAGGCUGAAACUCAUUCCAUCAGUUCCUAAGGGCUCAUGGAUUGUACGACAGAGUGUUGGAAGCAGUCCUUGUUUAUUAGGCAAGGCAGUUGAUUGUAAUUACAUCCGUGGUCCCAAGUACUUAGAAAUAGAUGUUGAUAUUGGUUCUUCUACUGUUGCUAAUGGAGUCUUGGGGCUUGUGUGUGGCGUAAUCACAACUCUGGUGGUUGACAUGGCUUUUCUUGUGCAGGGAAACACUGCAGAUGAGUUGCCAGAACGACUUAUUGGUGCUAUACGUGUCUCACAUGUUGAGCUGUCAUCUGCCAUAGUGCCAAUACUAGAAUCCAACCCGGCGGCCGAGUGAAACAGUGACCCUCCUGCUUUAUGUGCAGAAAACCACCUGCAUCAGAUCGGAUGAACCGGACUAUGCUGUAGUGUAGAGCCCAUUCACCUGCUGCAUUUGGGAGGUGCCUCAAACAACCAGGUGCAGGUAGAUUGACCCAAUGAAGAUUACAAAUGUAUGUAUAUUUGAAAUUCUCACCAGACGGAAGAAUUACAAAGUAGCAUCAGUUCUUUUCCUUGUUCUUUCAGUUUGUUUCCUUUUUCUUUUCUUUUCCCCUUGCUUUAUUUUGCAUUGUCUCGCUAAGCAUUUUUUAGUUUUUUUUUUUGGAAGAUAAGCAAAUAUAUAUAUUAGAUAAGAGAAAGAUGUACAAAGUUGUCAACUCUUGGAACCCCAUCAGUAUA